CCAUUCACCUUCACCAUGAAGGGAAUCGUCCUACUUCUUGUAGUGGCCAUUGUGGCUGCUGAGAAAUUCCCAGCCCGGAACCAGAAAUCCCAGACAAAAACCCAGAAUCCUGAAACGGGAACCGAGAAUGUUGACAUCAAACCAGAACUUCCUGCCGGACAAAUAUUGAUAUACAAUUACACCACCGUGCUUCAAACUGGAGUUCAAAACAAAGAUUAUGGAAAGAGUCUUCUAAGGAUGGAAACUGAAGCAAUAAUCACAACAAGUCAAACAGAGCAUGUGCUUCAAUUAAGGAAUAUGAGAGUACGAGAUGCUGUUGGAUUCCACCCGAGAAGUACCUUGUCAGAACCACGAAGGGAAUAUAAACAGAUGCUUGAAUGCCAGAAGUAUAGAGUCCAUUUCACCUACACUGGAAGAUAUGGCUCCAUCCGUAUGCCAAAGAAUGCAGAUCCAUUUUGCAGGAAUAUUUUGAGAGGCUUCUUGAACCUGCUCAUUCUCACACCACGGUACCAGAAAGAGUAUGAAGUACUGGAGGAUGGGCUUGAAGGCGAGUGCAACACCCGGUACGUUCUCUACGAGGAGAAAAAGAACAACAUCUACCUGUUUAACAGAGUCAGGGACCUGAACAACUGCAAGCAAAAAGUUAUGCUGAAUGUUGGAAUCCCCUUCUUCCAUCUCUUCCAGCAACCCAACUGCUUCCAAAGAGAAAGAUUUGUUCAAGGCACAUCUGCCUUUGUCACCAAAGUGAAGCGUGACAACAAAGGUGAUCUGAUCAUUCAAGUCAAGUCUGAACAAGUAUUAGAGUUCCCUAUAGGUGGAGAGGAUGCUACUGGAUAUAUGAAAGCUCACCAAUUGUUGAACUUGAGAGAAGUGAGACCUGACCAAGGUCAGCAGCAGCAGCAGCAGCAGCAGCAACAACAACAACAACAACAACAACAACAAGGAGAGCUUGAACUAACCAACAUUCGUUAUGACAUUCCCAAAAGUCUGCUUUUGCCCGUGAUGGAGAAUUACAACAGAGAUCCUGUACAACAGGCUGAGCAACUCUUGCAAGACUCAGUGCACUGGCAAAUGCGGGAUAAAAUGUUUUCCACCAAGGCUAUAUUAUUGCUCCGACUUGUACAACGCAUGUCAUACAACGAUCUGACAACUCUCUACAAUAAGGUUUCAAGAAUCCCUGUUGCUAGAAAAAACCUAUUGAUUUCAUGUGUGCACGCGGGUAAUUUGAUCACAGUGAAGUUCAUCAAGGACAAGGCAGUCAGUGGAGAAUUGGCUUAUUCUGACCUGAUUUGGCUUUUGCCCACAACCUUCCAUUUUGCUAACCCAGAUAUUACAAAAGUGGAGGAAACUGCUAAAGUGACAGCAGAAUUACUUUCCAAAAUCACUGACAAAACAUCUUUCCUUGGAAAAGCAACCUACCUGGCAUACGGGACUAUGGUGAACAGGCAAUGUUCCACUUCUCGAACUUGUCAUCCUAAAUUGCUUGAGCCUCUCCACAACAUCCUAACUGAGGCAGUUCGGGAUAAAGAAGAAAACAAAAUGGUAUUAGGCAUGAAAGCUAUUGGCAAUGCCGGUCAGAUCAGCAGCCAGAAACAUAUAAAAGUCCUGUGUGAGACUGCUAAAUAUCCUGAAUACAUCCAGGUCAUUGCAAUUCAGACCCUAGCGCAAAUCGGCAAGCAAGAUCCUACAAAGGUUCAAGGUUUUCUCCUUCAGAUCUUUAUGGAUGUUUCACGUUGUGAGGCCGUUCGAAUAAUGGCUUGCAUUGCCCUCCUAGACAGUGUCCCUCCUCAACCUGUAGUAAUAGCCAUGGCCAAUGCAAUGCUGUAUGAGGAGAAUCUCCAUAUUGCCAGUUUUGUGUACUCUCACAUGAAGGCUAUAACAAAGAUCAGGGACUUUGCCUACUACAACCUGGCUUCUUAUUGCUCUAUGGCCCUGAGAAUUCUGAGCCCUAGGUUUGAUGGACUGAGCUCCCCUUUCAACAAGGCUCUGUUUUUCACCUUUUUCAACACUUUUCUAAACAAUGGGUUUACUAUGAAAUUCUUCAUGUCUGGUGACAAUAGAUAUCCUUCAAAUAUCCUCUUGAAAACAUAUUUAACGAUUUCCCAUAACACCAUUGAACCGCUAGAGAUUGCACUGCAAGUUGAAGGUCUAGAUAAAUUGUUUGAGGAAUCAGUUAGCCAGUCUGACCAAUCCGCUACCAAACAGAAGAUCAAAGAAACCCAGGACAAGCUUCCAGGAUACCAAGAAUUAACUGUCAGAGAGCCCUUCAUUGGUACAUCAGUCAAAUUUCUAGGAAACGAUAUUAUAUAUUUAACCUCUGAAGAAAUGAAACCACAAUGGAAGGUGGAAGGGUUAAGACCAGCUAUGAUCAAAGUGUGGAUGACAUGUUUGGAAAUCUUUUUGAAAAUGGUCAACACUCAAUUCAGCCAAUACCACGUUGUAGAUAUGGGACAAGUUUUACCUACAGCUCCUGGUCUCCCAUUCCAAAUAACAGCUAAUAUUGUUGGGGGAGUAGAUGUAACUUGGAAAGCAAAAUCAGAAAUAUUUCAGAACGAUGUCAGAGCAGCCAAAAUACAAGCACAACUCGACAGCCAUGUUCGCAUCCACGGUCAGGUAUCGAUGAGCUGGGAAGUUAAGGCAGACUCUUUUGCUAAUGGAAUAGAAAUUUCUGGUGACAUCCAUUCAGAUACUGCACUCAAAAUGAAUCUUUUGCUGGACAUGCCACAAAACAGAUUUAAAGUAGAAAUUGAUAAUCUUCAGGAGCAGCCUAAUACACUGAUUUCAAGUCAUAGAGCACAGGCUGUAGUAAGGUGCGGAAGUUUUAUGGAAACAGCUGCAAUUCUUCCCAUACCAGUUGAAAUUGAAGAGUGGGAUGAAGAACCUGGCAAAGGCAACGUCAAAGUAAAUCAACAAUCUCAAAGUAGCCAGAAACCUCAAGAGCGAUGGGACAGUUGCUGGCCUCUAGCUUGGGUCCCGAUAAACCUUUGUGCAAAAACCAUCAAGACAAAAGGAUAUACACCCUACCAGAAUUCAUUGUUACAUAUGUUGUGCAGUGAACAUGAAAUGAAGUUUUCGUAUCAACCAGCAGAUCCUGGUUUGACUAAGAUCCUAGUAGAUGUCAACCUAGACUCUGCAAAAAUUAGGAUGAGAAGAGAACUGGUACCUGAAAAUGAAGACCAAGAACAACUGAAAGGAGAACAACAGGAGGCUGAUAUCAAAGAUCAGAAGAGUCCAGGCCAGAAAGAUCAGAAGAGUCCAGAGCAGGGGCGUCCAAAGAAGCCUGGCCAGGAUACCAAGCUGUCAAAUCAGGACGCUGCCUCUCCUGUAGUGAAAAAUGAGAAAGACAAAAAUCAAGGUGGUAUCAGCAGCAGCAGCAGCAGCUCCACCUCCAGCAAGGACAGCAACAGCGAGGAUACCAGUGAAAGCAGCAGCAGCAGCAGCAGCAGCGAGAGCAAGGAGAGCAGCAGCAGCAGCCAGUCCCAACAGACUGGGAUAAAGAGUUCUUCCCAGAGCCAGUCUAGUAAGAGUUCUUCCAGCAGCAGUGAAAGCAGUGAAAGCAGCAGCAGCAGUGACAGCAGAGACAGCAGAGACAGCAGCAGUGACAGUAGCAGCAGCAGUGACAGUAGCAGCAGCAGCAGUGACAGUAGCAGCAGCAGCAGUGACAGUGACAGCAGCAGCAGCAGCAGUGACAGCAGCAGUAGCAGUAGCAGCAGUAGUGACAGCAGCAGCAGUGAGGACAGUACCGUCGAGAGCAAAAGCAGUGAGAGCAGCAGUGAGAGCAGCAGUGAGUGCGAUGACGUUGAGGAAAAGGGAAAACCAAAACAGUUUUAUGCAUAUUCUUUUCGAUCUCUGAAGAAAACGAAGUCACAAUCUGAUGACCCUUCUGAUUCUGACUCUCAGCUGGACUAUAAAAGAAAAGGAGACAUCAUUGAUGAAAAAAGCUUAAAAGACUCUGAGAUGAGGCCAUACGCUGUUGUUGAUUUCCGCUACGAAUAUCUUGGUAAGCAACCUCGUGGGCAUAAACUUGUAGUGCUCAAAAGUCCCUCUGCAGUUAAAGUGACAGUGAAAGACAUCGCUCGCCCAGCCAGUCCAGUGGUAUGCUUCACCUACAUGGAGCUCCAUCCUCAUAAAAUGGUGGCAAUUCUGAGAGCUGGUCAGGAUUGCAGAGACUACGAUGUUUCACUUGAAGUAGAGACUGGUGUGUUUGCUAAAAGGCCAGCUCUUCAGGCAAAAUUUAAGUACCCUAGGGCUCCUAAGCCAGUGAAUGAUAUUAUAGAAGAAGUUCUUGCAGUGCUCCCUGGAAUUGCCUACAUAGCAGACUUCUCUCACAAAGUCCAAAAGAAUCCUGCUAAAGAAAUUUCAAUCAUUAUGGCUCUAAAACGUCCAGACGAAUGUCUCAUGGUCAUGAAAUUGCCAGAAGAUCUCCUCUACAAUGAUAACUGCAAACUUCCAUAUUCAGUGCCAAUGGAUCCCAAAGCCAAAACUUCAAAAAUCGCUGAUAUUCCAAAAUUGCUUCUUGCUGUUCGGAAUGGUAUUUGUACGGUAGAAAGCAGAAGAAUUUUAAAUUUCAACAAUCAAGUCAUUACAAAAGGAUUGCCUGAUGAUUGUUUCAUAAAUGUACUGGGAGAUUGUACUUGUCACAAGAAGCUGCUUGUACUGAUGAAAUACGAAACAGCACACAAUAAUAGUCUUUUUAUUGAAAUCCAUACACAUGACAUUAUAUGUACCAUGAAGCAGCGUGAUGGUGAGCUCAUUCUAGAAGUAAAUGGCACUAGGUUACAGGAUGGAGUUAUCCCUCGUUCACUGAAACAUGUACCUCUUCAAUUCAAGGAAACAAAAAGUGAACUGGACUUUAGAAUGCCCUUAGUGGGAUUAGAAAAUGCGGUAUACACAGGAUAUAGUAUCAAGUUUGAAGUUAAUCCCUUGAUAGAAAAUUCAUGUGGUAUCUGUGGAUGGUAUGGUUCAGAAGCAAAAGCAUUCCGGAGACCAAGUGGCCACAUAGCUAGAGAUGAAGUGAGCUUUGUGCAGUCCUGGGUGGUCCCUGAUAAAUGUGGUGGAGACUGUAAACUGCGACACACAACAGUGAGACAUGAGAAUCCAAUCCUAAUGGAACAGUGUGCUACCAAUCUUCCUGUCACACGCUGUGCUGAAGGCUGCUCAGCCACCAGUACUACCCAAACCUUAGCUAGCUUCCAUUGUGUGCCAACUGGAUCAACCUUGCCUUCUGACCUGACUGUGCUGGCUGAAAAGUCUGACGAUAUGAUAGACCUAGUUGAAUCUCACACAUCAUGUUCUUGUGAACAGGAACAAUGUGCUGCAUGAGCCUUCAACUGAGCAGACUCAGUGCAUAUUCUCUUGUUUGCUGUGUGGGCUGAUAUGUCAAUUCUAGGCUACUACACAGUUGUUAAUUAAAUUAUUUUAAGACCCCUACUGUACCCUCUUAAAGAAUCCAAUUCUUCCUAAAGUAACUCUAAGCCUUAUUCCAAUAUAACAAAGUCAACUCUAAAUGUAAUGGAUAAUUUUCUAAUAAACACUUGCAUUCCAAAAGAAAAAAAA